UAUUCGUCGAUUGACGCUUCACUUCCUUUCCUGACGCAAGUGCCCGGCAAGCCUGUCGCACGCCUUUAUUUUUGGCCCCCUUUACAGCCAAACUGGAUUAUAAGAGUCAAAGCAGACAGACACAUCACUGCACACGAUUCACAAGGACAUAGCUUGACAGCUCCCCUCAGCAAUGUCUCGUUUCUUUGCCACCGGGUCUGACAGUGAGUCAGAGGAGUCCUCAUCCGCCGAUGAGAUCACCCCUAAAGCACCCGGAACGACCUUCAAGCAGUCGCUGCUUAUCAGUGACGAUGAGGAGGACACUAAGAGAGUGGUUCGUAGUGCCAAAGACAAGAGGUUUGAGGAGUUGACCAACCUCAUCAAAACUAUCCGCAAUGCCAUGAAGAUUCGUGACAUGGCAAAGUGUCUUGAAGAGUUUGAGCAGUUAUGUCGAGCCUUCCUCAAAAGCAAGAAUAUAGUGGACAAAGAGGGUGUUCCCUCUUUUUAUAUCCGUCUUCUGGCCGACCUGGAGGACUACCUGAACCAGCUAUGGGAGGAUAAAGAGGGCAAGAAGAAGAUGAACAAAAACAACGCCAAAGCCCUCAGUACUCUACGUCAGAAGAUUCGCAAGUACAACAGGGAUUAUGAAACAGAAAUCGCUGCGUACAAGGAGAAUCCACAAGAGUCUGCGGACGAAGAGGAGGAGAAGGAGCCAGGGGAUUCUGGUUCGUCCUCUGAAAGUGAUGGAGAGGUAGGCGAAGAUGGAGUUUCAUCCAAGUCCUUCUUAAAGAAAAAGCUAGAGCCCGCUGCAGAUGCCAGCAAGUUCCUCAAGAAGGGUUCCGGGGAUGAGUCCUCUUCUAGUGAAGACGAUGAUGAUGAUGGCUGGAGCUCUGACACUGUUGACAGUGGCAGUGAGAGCUCUGAUGAUGGAGAAGAGAAGAGUGCUUCCCUGGCUUUGGCCUUCCUCAAGAAGACUCAUGACUCUGAUAAGCCAAGUGAAAAGAAGCUCGGGAAGAAAAGGAAGCCCAAAAAGAAAGAGCGGCUGGAGGAAGAAGCAGAGGAGGAAGGAGCAGAGGCAGAGGAGGGAGGCUGGGAGAAGGUGAAGGGAGGCGCCCCAAUGGUCAAGGAGAAGCCCAAGAUGUUUGCCAAAGGCACAGAGAUCAAUAUUCCAGUUGUGGUGAAGAAGCUGAAUGAGAUCCUGCAAGCUAGAGGCAAAAAGGGCACUGACAGGGCUGCUCAGAUUGAACUGCUCCACGCUCUGGCAGCCAUCGCUCUUGAGAACAACUUAGGCCAAGGUAUCAUGGUCAAGAUCAAGUUUAACAUCAUUGCCUCCUUGUACGACUACAACCCUAACCUGGCAGCGUUCAUGAAGGCUGAUAUGUGGAAGAAGUGUCUGGACUGCAUAGAUGAGUUGCUGGACAUCCUCUUUGACAACAACAACAUCUUCAUCGGUGAGAACAUCGCAGAAGACAGUGAGAUGUUGGCAAUUUCAGACCAGCCCUUCAGAGUUCGUGGAUGCAUUUUGACUUUGGUAGAGAGGAUGGAUGAAGAGUUCACCAAGAUCAUGCAGAACACUGAUCCCCAUUCCCAAGAAUAUGUGGACAAUCUGAAAGAUGAGGGGCAUGUUUGUGGCAUCAUCGACCGGCUGCUCAACUACUUGGAGAUCAAGGGCAGCACGGAAGAGAUCUGUCGCAUCUACCUGCGCAGAAUCAUGCACACCUACUACAAGUUCGACUACAAGGCCCACAGACGCAGCCUGGGCCUCCAGGGAGAGACCAAGUCAGAGCAAGACCAGGAGGAGAGCGAGGGAGAGGACAGCGCUGUCAUCAUGGACCGUCUCUGUAAGUUCAUCUACGCCAAGGAUCGCACUGACCGUAUCCGUACCUGCGCCAUCCUCUGCCACAUCUACCACCACGCUCUGCACUCUCGCUGGUACCAGGCUCGUGACCUGAUGCUGAUGAGUCACCUGCAGGACAACAUCCAGCAUGCUGAUCCACCCGUACAGAUCCUGUACAACAGAACCAUGGUGCAACUUGGCAUUUGCGCCUUUAGACAGGGCAUGAUCAAAGACGCCCACAAUGCCCUGCUGGACAUCCAGUCGUCUGGCCGUGCUAAGGAGCUCUUGGGGCAAGGUUUGCUCAUGAGGAACAUGCAGGAGAGGAACGCAGAGCAGGAGAAGAUCGAGAAAAGAAGACAAGUGCCCUUCCACAUGCACAUCAACCUGGAGCUGCUAGAGUGUGUAUACCUCGUGUCCGCCAUGCUGCUGGAAAUUCCCUACAUGGCUGCACAUGAGUUUGAUGCCCGCCGCAGGAUGAUCAGCAAACAGUUCCACCACCAGCUCAGGGUGGGAGAGAGACAGCCUCUUCUGGGACCCCCAGAGAGCAUGAGGGAACACGUGGUGGCCGCCAGCAAAGCCAUGAAGAUGGGAGACUGGCGUACCUGCCACUCAUUCAUCAUUAAUGAGAAGAUGAACAGUAAAGUGUGGGACCUGUUUCCCGAAACGCAGCGAGUGCGCGAGAUGCUUGUCAGGAAGAUCCAAGAGGAGUCACUGAGGACUUACCUGUUCACGUACAGCAGUGUUUACGACUCUAUCAGCAUGGAGACAUUGUCUGAGAUGUUUGAGUUGGAGAUCGCCACCGUUCAUAGCAUUAUCAGCAAGAUGAUCAUCAAUGAGGAGCUGAUGGCGUCACUUGACCAGCCCACACAGACGGUGGUGAUGCACCGCACAGAGCCCACCUCUCUGCAGAACAUGGCCCUGCAGCUGGCUGAGAAGCUGGGCAGCUUAGUGGAGAAUAAUGAGCGCGUCUUUGACCUUAAACAGGGCGUCUAUGGAGGCUACUUCAACCGGGAUCAAAAAGGCGGCUACCAACAAAACAAGUCCUACAAUAGAGGCAGGGAGGGGCGCUCGAACUACGGUGGCCAGGGCGGCGGCGGCGGAGGAGGCAGGGAGGGGCGCUCGAACUACGGUGGCCAGGGCGGCGGCAGUGGAGGAGGCAGGGAGGGGCGCUCGAACUACGGUGGCCAGGGCGGCGGCAGUGGAGGAGAUCAAAAAGGAGGCUACCAGCAGAAUAAGGGGGGCUACCAGAGAGGCGGCUACAGAAAUCAAAACCAAAGCAACUACUGAGCUUGGAACAUGGAUUUCCCUCUUACUACCCGAGACUAGUCUUCAUUCCAUAACUUCAAUAAAACAACAACGAUGAUAACUUAUGUUUCUGUGCUCCACACUUGGCUAUUCUACUUCAUUUGACUGCAAACCGCUUUCUGCUGAUCCUGAAACAGCUGGAAAUUGCAGCAGAGCAAGCCAUUCUCAUUGUGACUAUAUAGUAUGGCAUUGUAAUAUUCUUCUUUGAAUAAACAUAAAGAGGUAUUGAAAGUUUGGGAAGUUGUGAAUAUAUAGCUUUUGCUGUUUGGAUGGCUUGUGGCAGUGAAACAAGUAGACAAACGUGAAGUAUUGUUGGCAUAUACUUAUACAAUAAACAAUAGUUAACAGCUCUGA